AUGGGUCCAAAGAAAUGGUUUAAGAUACUACUCAGAAGGAAGAAACAUAAGGAAGAUAAAUCCAAACCAGAAAAGGUACAAUCUACUGGUGAAAUAUCAAAUGAAUCCUCUAAUGGGAAGCAAAGCCCUGGUGAAGAGUCGAGUAUCACUCUGAAUGAAGGUUUGAUGAUGGACAGGACGGUUCCAUCCAGGUUGAUUGACAAUAUUGCUGCUACUAGGAUUCAAAAUGCAUUUCGUUCAUUCAUGGCAAGAAGAACAUUUCAACAUCUGAGGGGAGCAGAGAAUUUUGAAGCUUUAAUUCAAGAUCACAUGGCCAGAGAGCAAACAUCAACUACACUUAACUAUAUACAUUCAUGGAGUAGAAUACAAGAUCAAAUUCGAGCUCGCAGAAUCUGUAUGAUAACAGCAGCCAGGAUUAAGCAGAGGAGAUUGGAAAGCCAGCUAAAAAUUGAUGCUAAGAUUAAUGAGCUCGAGGCGGACUGGUGCAGUGGUUCUGAAACAAUGGACGAGAUAGUUUCCAGGAUACAUCAGCGAGAAGAAGCGGCAGUUAAACGAGAGCGAGCCUUGGCAUAUGCUUUCUCGCAUCAGUGGAGGCCAAACUGUAACCAGUAUUUUGGCCAGGCUUCUUAUAGCCUAAGUAAAGAAAGUUGGGGUUGGAGCUGGAUGGAGCGUUGGGUUGCAGCGCGUCCUUGGGAAGUUCGGGUUCAAGUUCAGUCUCCCCAAACAAAGAAACUCAACGGCCAGCAGCAGAAAACCAAAGUAGAUAAGAUGAACCACAGUGAAACAAAAUCACCAUUGGCUAAAGCUGCCCUGUCAAAUGGGAAGGAGACUGAGAAAGGAAAGAAAAACAAAACAUAA